UCCGUGCCUCUCAGUCGCCGCCGUCGCCGAGGGAGGUCGGGGCCGAAGCUGCCGCUGCCUGGAGCCGGCCGGGCCACAUCCAGCAGCAGCCGCCUCCCCCUCGCUAGCCUCGGCCGCCCCGCUCGACGAAAGAAGGCGGCGGAGCGGCGUCCCCGAGGCGGCUGGAGCCCGGCGCCCGCGAGACCCAGCCGCGCUCCGCAUCGCUCACGGCCCGCUUCCUCCGCCGGGCUCUGCCGCGCGGCCCCCGGAGUCCCCGCAGCGCUGCCCCCGGCGGUCAGCGGCUGCUCGGGGCCGGCAGCUCGGCGCGGCGGCGGCGGCACACAAAGGGAGCAGCCCCGCCGCCCUCCCCCAUGUCGUCUGGGCUGCUCCGGCAACGCCGCGCGCCGCCCCGGCAGGAUGUGAGCCCCGCUGGCGGCUGGCCACCCCCGCGGAGCCUCGGCCGGGCCACGCCGCGCCCGCUCGGCCCCUGAGGAUCGCGGAGGCGGCGGCGGCGGCGUCUCCUCCUCGGCGAGGCAUCGGCGGCACUCCUGGCUCGGCUCCCUUCAUGGCCGCGAGGACCCGGCGGCGGCGGCGGCGGUGGUGGAGGCGGAGGCGGCUGCUGCUCGCGCCCGAGGCGCCCUGAAGCCCAAGCGGGGCCGCAGCGAGAUGGGUCUUCUGGAGUGAUGCCACCAGAGUCGCCUCGCCCUCUCUUCCGCCAUGUUGGCCUGCCUGCAGAGGACCCAGAACCCCCCCAGGCAGCCUCUGGGUUGUCCGAAUAAGGCCCUGGAGCCACGCAAGGGUGACGCCAUGGCUCCCAUCCGUUCCCCGCGAUACCCCAGCCCGGCUGAGCUUGACGCUUAUGCCCAGAAGGUGGCAAACAACCCUCUCACCAUCAAGAUCUUCCCCACCAACAUCAGGGUCCCCCAGCACAAGCACCUUAACCGGACGGUGAACGGGUACGACACGAUGGGCCAGCGCUACAGCCCCUACCCUCUGCACACCAGCAGCUACCAGGGGCUCCUGGCCGUUGUGAAGGCAUCCGCUGGGAAAGGGGUCGUGAAGAGCGCCGAGGGCAAGCGGACCAAGAUGCCCCCUGCUGUAGCCCCCUACUCAGUGGCAAGCACUUUAGCAGCCGGGCCCUCCUGCGUGGCCCAGCUCGGCUACCCUGGCGGCCAGAAGCAGAUGGAGGCGCCCGUCCCGCCCAACGUCACGGUGGCCGCCUCGGUCGUCCCGCACGCCGGCCGGAGCUUGGUGCUGCCCCAGGCCAACCUGCCCUCCAUCCAGAACAUCAUUUUUCAGAUCAAUCAGCAGUGCCAGGCUCAGGCCGGGCAGCAGAUGUGCCAGGGGGUGGUGGUGGCCAACCCCAGCCCGGCCAAGCACGGCACCGCAGGUGGCUUCACAACCAUGGCUACAGUGGGAGCGGCAGUGGCCUACACGGGGGCCGUGUUGCCGGAUUGUCGGAAGGGCGCUGAGCUGGUGACCGGCUCCAACCCGGGCAGUGGCCUGGCGGGACCCAAGCCGGGCCUUUACCCGGACGGCAUGGAUUAUCUGCUGUGGCAGCAGAAGCAGCAGCCGCUGCGGAUGUACAGCGCAGGCAGCGGGGGGGGCGUCAGCAAGUCGCCCGAGGUGUGUGCCGGGCUCUUGCGUGCCUACCCCAUGAGUGGUGCCAGCGCCGCGGACAAAGUGCCCUCCUCGCCCUUGAACUGCGUGGGCGUGCACGGGAAUUUCUCGGUGGGCCAGUACUUCGCCCCCGCGUGGAACAGCGUCUUGGUGACGCCCAACAGCAGCGACUGCUACAAUGCCCAGGAGCUGCCCACCGGGCCCCGGGACCUGGGCCUGCCCCCCUCGGAGGGGCUCCCCAGCCUUGCCAGCAAGGCGGCUUGCAACACCUCCAUCCUCAGCAGCAGCCUGCAGUCGCUGGAGUACCUGAUCAACGACAUCCACCCGCCCUGCAUCAAGGAGCAGAUGCUGGGCAAGGGCUACGAGACGGUCUCCGUGCCCCGCCUCCUGGACCACCAGCACGCCCACAUCCGCCUGCCUGUCUACAGAUAAGGGCAGUGGCGCCCCCGGGCCAGGCUGCCCAAGGUGGGGGCACAGGAAUGGGUCAUACGGAUGCUAAGGAUGUGAACAGGGAGAUUUUG